AUGGCCGGCAAAGCGGACGUCCUCUUGCCGUACAUGGACUAUACACUGGCAUUCGUUGGCCUAGUUGCAUCCGACAGCAUCGACCGCUCCGAAACCCUGCUGCGCAGCACGAUCGGUCUCGUGGGUGACCUCGCAACAGCGUACCCUACAGGCCCUGUCAUGGUCAAGCUUCAGCAGCCAUGGGUAUUUGAAUACAUCAAGCUCGGCCGCAGCCGCGGCAAUGGAACAGAGACACGCAAGACGGCGAACUGGGCGCGCGAAGUCCUGAAAAAGUCGGCGUCUCUCGGCAGCAGCUCUUCUGGCACCCCCAUCCUAUCAUGA